AUGGAGAACCCCUCAUUUGUCCUGCGCAACAUCAAAGAUGUGGUUAUUGAAGACCGGCCCAAACCCAUCCUCAAAGACCCCCAUGAUGUGAUGGUCCAUGUGGCACAAACAGGUAUUUGUGGAAGUGAUGUUCACUACUGGCAACGCGGUCGCAUCGGCGACUUCGUCCUCACCGGGCACAUGGUCCUCGGCCAUGAAUCCGCUGGCGUAGUAGUGGAAGUCGGCGACAAAGUCCGACAUCUUAAACCCGGCGAUCGCGUCGCCAUGGAACCGGGCGUACCCUGUCGUCGCUGCGACUACUGCCGCAGCGGAUCAUACAACCUCUGCGGCGAUACGAUCUUCGCUGCGACCCCACCCUGGGACGGCACCCUCGCCAAAUACUACGUCAACGCCGCCGAUUUCUGCUACAAAGUACCGGACCACAUGACGCUCGAGGAAGCAGCCAUGGUUGAGCCCGUGUCUGUGGCCGUGGCCAUCGCCAAGACAGCCAACCUGCAAGCGCACCAGACUGUGCUGGUUCUGGGAUGCGGUCCGAUCGGCGUACUAUGCCAGGCCGUGGCUAAGGCUGCCGGAGCCAGGACCAUCAUUGGAGUGGAUGUGGUUCCGUCCCGACUGGAAGUAGCCAAGUCGUACGGCAUCGAUCACACAUUCAUGCCCUCGCGGGCUGAGCCCGGCACAGACCCGAUGGUGCAUGCGGAGCGGGUAGCGACGCAGUUGAAGGAGGAGCUGGGUCUGGGAGAAGGCGUAGACGUGGUGUUGGAGUGCUCUGGUGCUGAGCCGUGUGUGCAGAUGGGUAUCUACGCGGCCCGCCGGGGAGCCACAUUUGUGCAGGCUGGUAUGGGCAAGGAGAACAUUUUAUUCCCCAUUACGGCGGUGUGCACGCGUGGGUUGACCAUCAAGGGAUCCAUUCGGUAUCUGACCGGGUGCUAUCCGGCUGCUAUUGAUUUGAUUGCCAAGGGCAAGAUUGAUGUGAAGCGGUUGAUCACGAACAGGUUCCCGUUUGAGAAGGCCGAGGAGGCAUUUGAGUUGGUCAAGGCUGGACGGGAGGAUGUGUUCAAGGUUAUGAUUGCGGGAGUGCAGGAGUAA